ACUCCACUACUAGACAAGGCAUUUAACAAAAGGUAAUAGCUGAGAUGGAUUCGAAUCCUAACAUUUUCGCCUCUAGUGAGCCGGUGCUGCCUCAGCCGGAGGAGAUGCGAGAGGAAGGCUUUGCUCGCCGUGAGUGGCGUCGUCUAAAUGUCAUCCAUCUAGAGGAAAAUGAAAACAGAGAAAGGGAGAUGCGGAACCAGAUUAUCGAGGAAGCCGAGGAAUUUAAGCGGGCCUUCUAUGAGAAACGGAAGCUCAGCUGUGAAAUUAACAAAGCCCACAACAGAGAAAGGGAGAAGCUGUACCUGGCCAACCAAGAGAAGUUCCACAAAGAAGCUGACAAACAUUACUGGAAAGCAAUAGCGGAGCUGAUACCUCGUGAGGUUCCUAAUAUUGAGAAGAAGAGAGGGAAGAAAGAUCCUGACAAGAAGCCCUCAAUCGUUGUCAUCCAGGGCCCAAAACCUGGUAAACUGACUCAUCUUUCAAGGAUGCGGCAGAUUUUCCUGAAGCUGACAGACCCUCCACCACACAUGAUGCCGCCCCCACCUGCCAAAGAUGUCAAGGAUGCAAAGGGAGGAAAAGAUGGAAAGGAUACAAAGGAUGUAAAAGAUGCAAAGGAUGCCAAGGAAGGAGGAAAGGACGCAAAGGAAGGAAACGAUGCAAAGAAUGGAAAGACUAGUUCAACAGCCGCAGCUGGAGCUGCAGAUGCAAGCACACCUGUUUCACAUGCCAAAGACGUUGCUGCGAAUGGUACUCCCGCCUUAUCAAAACCAGAGGCUCCUGCUGAACCAGAGGGUGAGCAACAUUCGGAAACCACGCCAGAUCCUACUGAGUAAUGAUCCUUCUUAUUUUUUUUAUUCUUUACAUUAUAUUUGAGUCUGCUGCUUAGAAACUUCCUACAAAGAAUUAAACACAAUCAUUUGUCGAUGAUCCAGAGUCUGCAGCAUGAAAUGCAGAGACUGCAGAGAUUUCCUUCGUAACUGCAAAACCACCUCUAUUGGAUUCAAUGUUGUCACAUUUACUUUUUAGCCUUUUGAAAUUACACAUGCUCUUUUGUUUACACACAAUUUAUGGAGUAAGAACCAAUUUUGUCCUUACAAUAAUUAUCAAACCAUCAAUUACAGAGCUGCUUUAUUUGACAAGAAAAAUAAGCAAAUAAAUACAAACUCGGAGUUUCAUUAUUUCCUAACUUUGCCUGUAGUCACCAAGUCUUGUUUAUUUUUAGGUCCUUGGGUGAAGGUUGACCGAUUGGAAGGUUACUAAU